CUCACUGCUCCUGUGCUGGGCAGACUUUCAGACACGCUCGGGAGAAAGCCUCUCUUUAUCUUUGCCUGCAUGGUGAUCACAGCGCCAAGUGUCUGCCUCCUCCUUUCCCCUGUCAACCUGCUUCCUUACCUCGUCUGCACUGUAUUGCGCGGGUUUGCAGGAGGGCCCAACGGGAUCUUUCCCUUGAUCACUGCGUACCUAGCGGAUCUGUACCCGGCGGAGGUUCGAUCCAAGUACUUUGGCUGGUCCUUUGCCAUAUUCUCCGUGGGGUUUAUUCUUUCUCCUCUCAUCACGCUGUUUGAUCGAGGUGCCUCCAACGAGACCGUCUUCAAGGUUUCUGUUGCCUUCAACCUCCUCUCCGUUCUCCUCGCAUUCGCCCUCCCGGAGUCUCUGGCCCGAAACAGCCGCGUGCCCAUGAAGGGAGGGUGGCGGAACGUGCUGCCAUUUCGUGCUCUCAACAAGCUGUUUCACUGCAAGAUCACGCUGGUGCUGGCUUGCAUCUCCUUCUUCUUCACGGUCUGCGAAAACGGGAUAGAGACGACCAUCUUCUACUUUCUCAACGACAGGCUCGGCUUCAUGGAGAAGGACAACGCUCGCCUGUUCCUCAUCCUCGGAGUCAGCAGCCUCUUCGUGCAAUCGAUCGCCCUGCCCAUCCUCCUCAAGUUUGCCUCUGACUCUUCGGUUCUCCGCAUCGGGCUCGUCUCCUACAUCUUCCACCUCCUCCUCUUCGCCUGGUCGACGUCAAAGUGGAUGGUUGACGCCAACAUGCUGCUUGCUGGCUUCACCUUCCUCACCUUCCCUGCCAUCAACGGGCUCAUGUCCUCUGUCCUCUCCGGCAAGGACCAGGGCGUCGGCUUCGGGACCCUCGCGUCUGUGCGAGGCAUCGCCGCUGCCCUCGGCCCCCUCAUGUUCGGA